AUGGAUGGUGCUAAACCCAUUUCAACCCCUCUUGAUCCCAAACUUGUUUUGACUGAAUAUGGUGGUACAAAAGUUUUUGUCCCUACACUAUAUCGAAGUAUAGUUGGAGCCCUUCAGCAUUUGAAUACACGGACAAAUAUUGCGUUUGCUGUUAACCGAGUUUGUCAAUUUAUGCAUGACCCAAUGGAGGAUCAAUGGGCUGCUGCAAAGCGUAUCCUCCGGUACCUCAAGGGCACAUAUUAUUAUGGAUUGUUUAUGAGAGCUGAUACCAAUAAUCAAUUACGCGCCUUUGAUGAUUUUCAUUUUUUUAAAAAUGAUUUUAGUGACGCCGAUUGGGCAGGUUGUCUUGAUUAUCGCAGAUCUUUAAGUGGUUAUUGUGUAUUUCUUGGUUCUAAUUUAAUUUCAUGGAGUGCUUACAAACAACCAACAAUUUCACGUUCUAGCGUCGAGGCUGAAUAUAGAGGUCUCGCAACAGCUACAACAGAAAUCAUUUGGAUUCAAUCUCUAUUGCGCGAGCUAGGGGUUUCCACUUUAUGCCGGCACUUUGAUGCGAUAAUCUCGAAGCCACAUACCUUACGGUUAAUCUAG